UGCGGCCGCUCGGUGCCGGCCCCGCUGGCGCCGCCCGCAGCUCCCGCGGCUCCUCUGCCUAUUUUAGUCACAGCCGCGGCUCCGUGCCCGCCGCGGGACCGCCAGACCCGGGCUGUUGCCGUCCUGUCCGGGCGGCCCGGAAAGUUUUCCGCGGGGCAGGAGUUUCAAGAUGAAUACUACAGCAAUGAGCCCACUCACCGUUACUCCACUGGGUUUUGUUCCAGACUUAAAAAAUUCCACCCUUGAUCCUCUCAAUGAGACUGCAUGUGAAAACUGGAAAGAGAUUCAUCAUCUUGUUUUCCACGUGGCAAACAUUUGCUUUGCAGUUGGACUGGUUAUUCCAACUACUUUAAAUCUUCAUAUGAUUCUUCUGCGAGGCCUGCUCACUAUAGGAUGUGCAUUAUUCAUCAUUUGGGCUACACUCUAUCGUUGUGCCUUGGACAUAAUGAUCUGGAAUUCUGUGUUUUUGGUUGUCAAUCUUUUGCAUUUCAUAUACCUAGUGUAUAAAAGAAGACCGAUCAAGAUAGAGAAGGAGCUUAGCAGCCUCUACAAGAGAAUGUUUGAACCUCUCCAUGUGCCUCCAGAGCUCUUCCAAAGACUAACUGGACAAUUCUGCAACAUUCAGACUUUGAAGACAGGUCAAUCCUAUGCAGCAGAAGAUAAAACAUCAGUUGAUGAUAGGCUAAGCAUCCUGCUGAAGGGGAAAAUGAAGGUGUCCUAUCGAGGGCAUUUUCUGCAUAAUAUUUACCCCUGUGCCUUUAUAGAUUCUCCUGAAUUUCGCUCAACGCAGAUGAACCGGGGUGAGAAAUUCCAGGUCACUAUUAUUGCAGAUGAUAACUGCAAGUUCCUGUGCUGGUCCAGGGAACGGCUGACUUACUUUCUGGAGUCUGAGCCAUUUCUUUAUGAGAUCUUUAAGUACCUUAUUGGCAAAGAUAUUACAAAUAAACUUUAUUCAUUGAAUGACCCAACCUUAAAUGACAAGGCUUCAAAGAAGAUUGACCGACAGCCCAGCCUUUGCUCCCAGCUCUCCGUGAUGCAGAUGAGGAACAGCAUGGCCAGCACCAGUGACAGUGAGGAUGGCUUGCAGAUGUUUCUUCGUGGGACUUCCUCUGCAUCCUCUCUUCGUAGCCAAAGACAAGAGUCAGAUCCCCUGGGAGCCUUCUGUUCCUAAACACACCCAGCUCCUGCAGCCUCUCCAUCACUGCUCCAGCCUCUGGCCAGCUGGGUUACACUCCGCUGCUCUCACUCCAGUGUGUCCAUGUCUUUCUUGUACAGGGAGGCACAAAACUGAUGCAGCACUCCAAAUCCUGUCUCACAAUUGCCAGAUGGAGGGGAUUAAUCUCUUUCAGUGACCUGUUGGCUUUGCUUUUGCUUAUAUGGCUCAAUAUAUGCUGCUAAUGUGGCCCAAUAUAUGGAUGGCACCCUUCACUGCAGGGGCACUCUGCUGACUCGUGUUCUAUUUUGUGUCCACCAGGACACCCAAGUUUGUUUCUGCAAAGCUGCUUUCCAGCCAGCUGGGGCUAGGCUGUAAUGCUGUGUAGGUGUGUCAUGUCCCAGGUUCAGGGAUUUGUCUUUCAUGAACUUGUAGUUUUUGUCAGCUUUUUUCUCUUUUCCAAUGGCCUGUUCCAAGACUCACUGUCCUGCCCUUUGGCCUGUCAGCAGUUUCCCUCAUUACCUGUCUCUUGUCUGUGAAUUUGGCAGAAAUGCAUUCCAUUCCAUCAACCUGGUCAUUCAUAUCUUGAAUAUUAUAGGCCUUGGCCUUGGCCCUUGAGAACACUGCUGGUAACCAACCAUCCACCAACAGCUGGGUUUUGUACUGCUGUUCACCACCUUGUGAACUUGUCAGUACAGCAGAUUUUCCACGGAAGCUGUAGUCCAUCUACCCAGUCUGUUUCCCAUUUGUCUGGAAGUACCCAGUGGCAGACUGGAGGGCUGUGCUGCCAUCCCUGUAAACAACAUCUGCUGUGCUCCAUUCAUGCAGAGAAGCCAUCAGCUCACCACCAAAGGUGGAAGGUGGUCAGAUGCAAUCAGCAUCCGUGAUGGCUUUCCCAGUCACUUUCCCACCCCUUGUGUGCUUGCACAUGGCUUCCAGGAAGACAAGCUUCAUAGUCUUCCUGGGAAAUUAAUUUAGACUGCUAGGCCUGGAUGUGUCAUCCUCCCCUUCAUCAAAAUGGCUGUGAUCUUGGCAUUUCCAUUUGUGUCCCCUGACUGCAAUCACCUUUCCAAGAUGGUAGAGGGGGCUUUGCAAUUGUAUCAGCCAAUGCUUGGCACCCUUGGAUGCAGCCCAUGUGGUUCCACAAUCUUGUGUUCACGCUGUGGACUUGAGGUGUUCCUAACUCAGUCCAGGUUUCCUGUCAGUCAAGCAUCACCCUCUGUCUCUAGCACUGGAUGCAGAGCCCCAGCAGGCCUCAGGACAAACCUCUAAAGAAAAAACUCAAUACAAAUAGUUACUGGAUAGCUCAGACUUUCUGAUCUUCCUGUGUCCUGUGCAUCACUGAACUCUUGCCUCACAGUUACCCUGGUCUUUCUUUUGUUGCUGAUUUAUUUGUAGAUGCCUUUCUUGUUGCCUUUCGCUAGAUCCAGGUCUAGCUGAGGUUUGGCUUCCCUCAUUUCAUCACCGCAUGCUUGGGCCAUGGUUCUGUGUUCCCUCCAAAGAGCUCAUCCCCGCUUACACUUUGUGUUUGUCUGUUCUGAGUCUGUCAGAACUUUCCUGUUCAUUUAUGCCACCCUUCUACCCUACUUGCCCAGCUUUUUGUGCACUGGAAUGAGCUGUCCUUGUGUUUUGAGGAAGGUGUCCUCGACGAUCAACCAUCUGUCCUUAGGUCCCUUCGCAAGCCUUGUCCCAUGAGUUCCUGCCAAGUAAAACCCUGAGCAAGCCACAGUCCCCUGUGCUAUAAGGCUGUAAUUCUGCUAUUUGUCUUGCACACACUCAGUAUCUUAAACUCCACCAGCUCCUGGACAGUGCAGCCAAGAUUACCAGCAGCCUUCAGCUCCUGAUGAGUUCUUCCUUGUUCAUCAGUGACAGGUCCAGCAGAGCGCCUUCCCUAGUUGACUCAUCGAUUACUGGCAUGAAGGAAUUGCCUGCUACAUUCCAGAAAUCUCCUGGACUGCCUGCUCCCAGCCCUGUUGCCUUUCCACCAGAUACCAGGGUGGUUAAAACUUCCCAGGAUCGCCAAGGCCUGUGACCCAGUUGUUGAAAGAAGCUUCCUUCUCCUUGCUCUUCUUGAUCAGGCAGCCUGUAGACAUUCCUGCCAUGAAGUCUCCUGUGUUGGUCUGUUCUCUGAUCUUUGCCUUUAAACCCUCGAGUGGCUUUUCACCUGUUCCAUGCACAGCAAAGUUCUGUGAAAUUGAAGCCACUCCUUUGCACAGAGAGCCUUUGGGUGAAUUUUGAAUUUGCACACUCAGAAAUUGUAAAACUGUGUUUGUGCGUUUAGUUAGAAUUGUCUCUUUCAGGCUUAACAGCAAAACUCUUACACCAAUAUUUCAGCUUUGGGAGAAAGUACUUGAAAUGCAUGACAAGUUCAGCUGUAAUUAUAUAAAUCUCCAAGAUGCACAUACUUCAUAAAUACA